AUGCUUUGGAAUGCUGUGAUCUUUGGGCCAGAUGACACCCCUUGGGAUGGAGGCACGUUCAAGUUGACGCUUCAGUUCACAGAGGAUUAUCCUAAUAAACCACCUACUGUGCGUUUUGUUUCUCGGAUGUUUCAUCCAAACAUCUAUGCAGAUGGAAGUAUAUGCUUGGAUAUUUUACAAAAUCAGUGGAGUCCAAUUUACGAUGUGGCUGCUAUACUUACCUCAAUCCAGUCAUUGUUGUGUGAUCCAAACCCAAACUCUCCAGCAAAUUCUGAAGCUGCUAGAACAUCCCAGCUGGAAAAUAAACAGGAAUUGAACCUAGAGCAUAUCAAAGAAAACAUGAUAUAUGUUCCUGCCAACAACAGUGGAAAGCAAAUCAUAAGUCCAUCCCAAGCAUACCGUAUAUACAAAGAAGCUGGCAAGAAAUGGUUCCAGGGGACUGCUGAUGCUGUGAGGCAAUUUCUAUGGGUUUUUGAGAACGCCAAGACCAGAAUGUUGAGCAUAUAUUGA